CUCAAAAAUGUAAAAUCGGCAAAGCUGGGAACAAAAAUGUAGCAACAAAUUAAAGUCUUAGCUGAUACUAAUAGAUAACCAAAGAUAUAUUUAUCAAUAAGCCAUUAAAGUCUGAAAUGAGUGUAGACGAUUUUUUAUUAAAAAAUGAUUUCCAGCUCAGAGCUGGCAGUCGUAGCGGCCUUUGGAUGCUAUUCCUAUUACCACUUUCAAUUAUAAUUUCUGCUUUUAAACAUUCAAUUACUACAACACCUACUUAUAAAUUAGCUUCAUUAAUAUGUACAGGCAUGGUGUUGGUAUCUUUCACAAUAAUAUUACAAAGAAAUAAGAACCAGAAACUAAAUCUUUUAAAUAUAUGGAAUAUAGGAGCCCUGAUUGUCACCUCUGUUUUAUUUCACAUGUGCUUCCAAAGAGGCUGGCUAUUUUGCAUUUUUGGAGGAUCGUUUUCCACUCUAGCUUAUUUGAAUUUCUACAAAUUUAUACUGACGAAAUUUAAGGAAUGCUUCUCACUGGGAGAAGCCGGGUUUGUAAGCCAAGGUUUAACUCUCUUCAGCUUUUUUACAAUUUCGAAUGUCUUAAAUCACAGCUUGAGAAUUGUGCCAUUCAGAAGCAAUAUGCAGAUAUCAACUUUAAUCUUACAGCUAGGUCUCACAGGUAUAGGAAUUAUAGCAUUUUCUUGCUAUUGCUUUAAAAUAAAGAGCACCGUUGCAUUUUAUUCUACAUCGAUCUUGGCAAUACUUUCUACUAUUAUCAUUCCAUUACAUAUCCUGCUUCAAAGAAGCCCCGUAUUAUGGAUUGUUAAUCAAAUGUUUGACGAUUGGUCAACGAUCAAAUUAAUUAUGUAUUGGAUUUUUUGUACUUGUAUAGCGGUACUAGCAGUGAGCAACCAAAUUUUCUAUGCCAAAAAAGCGUCAACUAUUACCAGAAAAAUUUUUCACGCCCUAGCUGUCGCUGUUUACAUUCCAGGACUGCUUUAUAGAUGUUCCUUCUUGUACCUUGCCAGCGGCGUGGUGUUGGGAAUAUUUUUUGCUUUAGAGAUUCUGCGCAAUCUACGAAUACCUCCUUUAGGCAUUUAUCUUCAAGAUGGCUUCGUGGUAUUCAGCGACGAAAAAGAUUGCGAACAGUUGGCUUUGACGCCUAUUUACUUAUUGGCAGGCUGUUCGCUGCCUAUUUGGAUACAUCCGUCCCCUUGUGACGUAACAGAUUCCGCCUCUUUUAACUUGGUCAUACUAUUGAGCGGGCUACUGAGCAUAGGAGUGGGUGAUUCAAUGGCCAGCAUCGUGGGAUCACAUUAUGGGAAAUUUAGUUGGCCAGGCACCAAAAAGACUGUUGAAGGGACGCUUGCCUGUGUGUUAUCUCAAGUUGGACUGAUAUAUCUGUUAAUAUAUUUCGACUGCAUUCGACCCUUGUCGUCCUAUGAUAGUGUUAAAAUAUUGUCAGCGAUAGUCGUCACUUCUUUAGUGGAAGCGAAGACGACCCAAGUUGAUAAUUUAGCUUUACCUCUUGUCAUGUAUAUUAUUUUAAUUUUAUAAUUUUUUAAUAUCGAU